AUGUGCGCUAAUGUGCAGUGCGAGCUGCAACUUAUGGAUCGUUUCACGGAUAUCACAUCUUGCGCUGAUUUGGUUGAUCCGCUUCGCCGUUCGCUGUUGCCGUCGUUUUUGCAUACCUGGCCAUCUUUUGUUGGAUUUCCUCCUUCAAUUUUGAAUGUUGUCCCACAAGCAUCGGUGGUCGAUUUGCCUGUACGACCUUGUUAG